AACUCAGGUCCUGAACUAGUUGACGGAUUCUAUAUUGUGGUCCUGGCUAACUCCGAGCUUGGACUGGUCCUUGGAGACAUGGGUGAAGAAGUGGUUUGCAAGAAGUUCAAGGUUGUUGUCUCAGUUGCCCAAUUCUUUUUGGUCUCCCAAACAGAGCAUUUGUCAGGGAACCCUUUGUAUUCGACCAAGGCGCAAUUCUGCGAUAUUGGGAUGACCCACGACAUUUUGAUCAAAUGCAGCGGAGAAGACGAAGGGUUGAAGUAUCUAGUGCUAUCAGUCUGUAUCGAUAAAAUGAAGGUAAUUCGAGUGAAGAGGUUGCAGUGGAAUUUCAAAGGGAACCAGACCAUCUUUGUUGAUGGGUUGUUGGUUGAUAUGAUGUGGAAUGUUCAUGACUGGUUCUUCAAUCCAGACUCUAGAUAUGUUGUUUUUAUGUUUAGGACAAGAAGCGGGUUGGACAGCCAGUUGUGGUUGGAGGAGAAGACAACGCAGAAGGACCAAGAGAGAGUUGAUUUUUCUUUGUUGAUCUAUGCCUAUAAGAGCCCAUAAAGAAAUUUCUUGUUUCCAUUUUUUUUUCAAUUUUAUUUUCUCUCACUCUUUCAAUUCUCCUUCUUCUGAGGAGAGUGAAUGUAGUUAAUUCAUUUGAUGAUGAUUAUAGGAAAGAAAAAAAAAACAGAAAAUACUUGGUGAUGACAUUUUGGUUUUUGAGUUGCAGACAUGUGUAUUGAUAGAACUUGAAAUUGGUUGGUUUUGAUCAUACUUGGAGUUGUUUCUUUUCAUCUCUUUCUUUCUUUUUCUAUCUGAAUUCUAAGUUUCUGACCCACAAGUUUUUAUCUUUUCCCGUUUUCCAUGGGAGGAAGUGGACACAUCAAUUUAGAUUCUCGAAGGAAAGAAUUUUAUUUAGUGUAACUAUAACAACACUAACAGCACUGGUAGUGGCAUUUGGU